UAAUUCAGUUGCCUUCAAUUAUAUCAACCUUGAAAUUUAUUCAAUUUUCAUGCAUUGAAAAUCAAAUUAAUCUUAUGACACUUGACGUACAUGCAGGGAUAUUUCAUUCACUCAUUAUUAGAAUUACUCAUGAAAAAACACGAUACAAUCUCCAACAAAAAUUUAAUAAGCCAUCACUUGGAAAGGUUAGGGCAGUAAAAAAUUCAUCUCAAAAUAUGAAACUGGAAGGCAAAGAUACUUCAUAUAUACGUGAUAUCAGGAAAGGAGAAAAUAUAGUUAUCAUGGGAGAAAAAUACCUUGAUCUAGAAAACUUGACUAAUGAAUUAAGUGAUCUUAAAAAAAAACAGCUUGGUGAAUGGAUAAUUCAACUUUGCAUCUUGGUCCCGAUACAAAUUGCCAUUGCACGAGAUAAUAUAUUUCAGCCAGUUUCCGAUGGUUUAUCAUCGUUUGAUUCAGAAAUUGCUGAUUCGGGUGCAUUAAGUGUUGAUGAAAUUGCACAAAGCAUAAGUUUUGGAUGGUAUGAGGGAAUAUUUAAAUAUUUUGGUAAUAGGCCAGUAAAGCGUUGUACCGAAGGAGUAUGGAUGUCCUUAGCUAUUACAAAAAAAUGUAUCUAUGUCGCCUUGGUUUUCGAGGAGCUCGAUCCUCUUUUAUCAACACCACAAGAAGAUACGUUUUUGGCAUUGUUCAAUGCAAUGAUAUCGGAUCUUAUUCUCUUUAGGAGUCAAUUGACUGUCAGAAGGAAUAUGUUAACAACUUUUCGAAGAUUCCAAAAUGGUGUUGCACUAUUUAAUGACGAAAAAAUAUUUCAAGCAAAACUGUGCAUCAUAAUUAAAGAUGUACCUAGACAAGAUCGUAUAAUUCGAAAUAAUGGGCAUGGUGAAAAUAACUUUAUAACAAAUAUGUUUCCGGGUGGUUUAAAUAUAAUUCCUUGGCCAAUAUUUAAUGACCCUAAGUGGUUUAAUAGUUUAAAAGACAUUAAAAAAAUGUUAGAUAAACAAGAUGCAAAGUAUGAAAAUGCUCGAACAUUUUUGCAAAACACGAAAGUUUUUAUGGCUAAACUGAAAGUUUGUGAUGGGGAUUCUAUAGAUGAGAAUCUUGUGCAAAUCCGUGUAUCUACGUUGAAAAGAUUGCUUAAUAUUGCAAUAUCUCUCGGUAUUGAGAAAAAAAAUAAUACAAUAGAACACUUAAUGAAUCGUGAUACUGGUGAAAUAAUUCCCGACCAAGUUAUAAACUUGACUGAAAUUUAUGGUGACGUUACUGAUGGAUGUGACUUGAUUUUAGAUUCAGAUCUUCGACUUUUAGAUGAAAACACAGAUUUUGUGCUAUUAUCAGCUGAUUUGAGAAUUUACUUUGAAAACAAAGUUCAAAACCGUAGAGAUUGUUCUAAUGAUGCUGUGUGGUUUGAAAAAUUAUCGAAAUUCUUUAAAUUUAUUGUUCAACGGCGAACCAAUCGAGUACAAGAAUGGUUUCAACAAAAUACUAGCAAAUUUUCACCCGAUAAUAGUGAUGUUAAAGAUGGAAUAUAUCCAUUAGAUCAACUAGUCAGCAGGCUUUCACUGCUUUGGACACUAUGUGGCCUUUCCUGUCAGGAGUGUAACUUAAAAUGUCUGAAAAAUCGUCAUCAUGAAGAUGUGCAUGACUGUUUGAGUGACCAUAAUUGCUAUGCUACUUGUGAAUUCGUUGAAUUUCAUACGAAUGGCCUAUUUCCAAGAUGUAGUCACAAAGCAGGACAUGGUGGAAAACAUACAUGCAAUACGACAAGUCAUCUAUGUGGCAAACAAUGUAAAUUUAGUGACAAACGUAAUUGUCAAACAAAAUGUGCAAAAGAAAUUGACCAUGAUGAUGAUGAACAUAUAUGUCAAUCAAACCGACAUAAUUGUGGUGCACCUUGUUCUCUGCAAGCCAAUACUGAGAAGGGUUUUUAUAAAUGUCCUAACAAAUGUAUCAUUCCGUGUGAAGAUGAGCAUGAACGACAUUGUUGUGAAAAUGAUUCUGCAUGUCCAAUUCAAUGUCCAAUUCCUGAUUGUCAACGACGAUGCCAAAGUACAGAUCAUUUUCAUGCUUUGCAAUCGCAACAGAUUCAUUUUUGUGGCAUCAAUGCCAAGAAGAUUGUCAAGAGUUUAGGCAUUUGCAGAGUAUUAACUGAACCGAGAGAACAAGAGGUAGUUUAUCAAGGUUUAGGUCAAGGGACUUCGAUUAUAUUUACUAAGUAUAUUCAAUUGAGUGAAAGAAUUAAAUGCUGCAAGAAAAUUCCACCUAAUGCCUUUCAUCAUGAUGGUAAACACACUCAUGAUGAAGGCGGCUUUCAUUAUUGUGACGCCCAAUGCCCAUUUUGUAAAUACUAUCCGCUACAUGAUACUAAACAUGGAAAUAUGGUUCAGAUAGAAUUUACUUCAGAAGAUAAAGAAUUCGAAUAUAGCGGCGAUAAACUGAGUGCAGGUGAUCACGGAACAUUUGUACUUUGUAACUUGUACUGCAAGGAAUUUGGACGUCAUCGUCAUAUAGAUUAUUGUCAAGACGCUUCAACAUGUAAACCCAGUGCGAAUAAGAGACAUAUUGAUGUCCAUCUGGAAAAGCCAAAAGAUUAUAUUUCUCAUAAACUAUUUUGGGAACGUACAGGAUUUAAGGUUCAAGAACAAGAAAUGUUUGAAAAAUGUGAUCAUGAGUAUCAUUUUUGUGAAUUACCGUUGUUUCAUGCACCUCUUAAAUUAUCUGAUGCUCCACCAAAUGGCAUCGGAUAUAUUUCCCUUGAUGGACACUACUUUACAUGUGACAAACCUGCAAAAAAGGAAGGCUCAUUUCAUAUAAUUUUUACAAUUGAUCGAUCUUCAUCUAUGAGUAGGGGUGAUAACAAACCAUUGCAAAAUACUCCUGUUUAUAAUCUUUUAAUAGCACAGCAUAACAACAGGAUGGGUGCUGUAUAUAGUGCUGUUUAUUCAUUUAUGGAAGCAAGGCUGGCCGCACAAGCAAGGUCACAAUUACAAUCCACUAAUAAGGAUACUGUAUCACUGAUUCUUUUUAAUGGUGAAGUUAUUGUGCCAUUUGAGAAUCAUGUGUUGACGGAUUCUAAGAUGAUGCUAAACCAGAUGUUACCACAUGGCGCAAGGGGUGGGAUUAACUUUAACCUAGCAAUUCAAAAAGCAGGAAGUUUAAUUAAUAACUAUUUUGAUCCGGCAAGAGUGAAUGUAAUUAUAUUUCUUUCUGGUGGUGGAUGUAGUACACCGAAAAGUCAGCUUGAACAAAUCUGUAAAUAUAAUAGUGAUAAAGGGAACCCACUAUAUCUUAUAACUGUUUUAUUUGCUGGUGGAAGUGACGGUCCUUUAAGAGAAAUGGCUGAGAUUGCUGGCCGACAUAAUCCGGCAAACAAGAUUGGAAAUGCUUUACGUUGUCACUUUACUAGCGCUAUGAAUGAAAGCAAUUUUAAAAAUUAUAUGA